CGGCUUCUUUGUUUGGAUAGGUAGAAAAUUCCAGUAGAGCGAGAGAACAACAAAGCUUCAGAAAAUGGUUUCUGCAUCUACAUCCGCUUCAACUCUAACGCUAUCUUACGCAGCUCACUCUGUUCUUCCUCAAGAACUCGCCACUUCUUCUCUAUCUUUCAGGCUUCCUAACCUUCGUUCAUUCCCAUGUUGUUCCAAAACCUUUUCUUCCCUGCCAUCUCUCUCACAUUCCAGACAGAGAAAACCCACUAAUUUGUUUGAUUUUUCCUCCUCUCGUUCCGCUCGUUUUACAGUACUAGUGGCGGAUUUGUCCUCCGAAGUGCAGGUUGUGGAAGAGGAAGUGCAGGAAGAUGAGGAUGAGGAUGAGUUUCCGCGCACAGUUGCAAACACGCCUCCAGUUAAGCCAAAGACUGGCAAGGCUGCUUUGCCUUUAAAGAGAGACAGAACUAGGUCUAAAAGAUUCUUGGAUAUUCAAAAAUUGAGGGAGACAAAGAAAGAGCAUGAUCUACAAACAGCAAUAUCAUUAGUGAAGCAGACAGCAAAUACAAAGUUCAUUGAAAGUGUUGAAGCUCAUUUUCGCCUCAAUAUUGACCCAAAAUACAAUGAUCAGCAAUUGAGGGCAACGGUGAACUUGCCUAAAGGAACUGGACAAACUGUUAAAGUUGCUGUUAUUACUCAAGGUGAAAAGUUCGACGAGGCUAAAAAUGCUGGUGCCGAUCUGGUUGGUGGGGAAGACUUGAUAAAACAGAUUGAAGGGGGAUUUCUUGAUUUUGACAAAUUGAUUGCUACUCCGGAUAUGAUGGCUCAGGUUGGUAAAUUAGGGAAGAUCUUGGGUCCUCGAGGAUUGAUGCCAAACCCUAAGGCUGGUACAGUUACUACUAACAUACCUCAGGCUAUAGAGGAAUUUAAGAAGGGAAAAGUAGAGUACAGAGCAGACAAGAGUGGAAUUGUUCAUUUACCAUUUGGAAAAGUCGAUUUCUCCGACGAAGAUCUUCUCGUGAACUUGCUUGCUGCAGUUAAAUCAGUUGAAACAAACAAACCAUCGGGUGCGAAGGGAGUAUACUGGAAAAGCGCGCACGUUUGCUCAUCGAUGGGUCCUUCAAUUCGAUUAAACGUAAGAGACAUGCUUGAUUUCAAGCCUUCAACAAAUGCUUGAAUUUGGUAAAUUUGUCAAUCUGUUCUUCUCUUUGGAUAUGUUCUAAAAUAAUAGUGUAUGAUGACAAUAUAUCUAUUAUUCAUACUUUUUAAGGUUUAUGGAAAUUGUAGAGCUUGCACACA